GUUGUAAAUGUCACAUUUCGCCAAAACCAAAACAAUGAUCAUUUCAUCAAAAAUCUCCAGGCCAUAUUUAUUGAGAAAUCUACGAUGCUUUAGCGCCAUUUCAUCCUCAAAUGGAAACCACAAAAACUCCGAUCUCAGGGCCAACAGUGCACUUCAGUCAUGUUUGAGCCAGUGUUCAAAUUUCGGACAAUUUUCUUGCGGUAACGUGAGUCGACUGUUUUCGACAUCCGCCAGAAAUUGUCAAGUAAUUCCUCCGUUGAUGGAAUUUGACAAGGUUCUCUGGCCCUCAGUAAUACAAACAGUGAAAAACUUCUUUUUGGUCAAUUUGAUCAUUCGUCCGUAUUUUGACAACGACUUUGAUAUCGGGGAGUUCGUGGAGGGAUCGAAACAAGCGUUAUGUAUAAUUUCAAGUACACUCGCCUCUGGCACCGACCUCGAUAGCUUGAGAGGCCUCGUAACGCAAGAUGCCUUGAACGAAAUCAAGAAUUCCGUGAGUCGGAUGUCAGUGGCACAAAGAAAUAAGCUCGCUGUCGACAAAGAAGACAUUUAUUUUUGUUUUCCCUACCAAGUUGGCAUUAUGUUUGACGAAACGGACUCCGUGCAAAAGCGCUGGGUGGAGAUCACGAUGGUAUAUCACGUGCAUCGAGGAGUGGCAGAGCUCAAAGCUAGAGGAGAACCAAUCACGUUGAAUUUAGCAUCAAAGCCGGAAAUGGAAGAGAAAUUUUCCGUGUGUAACUAUCGAUUCAUCAAAGAAUUCACAAAGGACCAACACUCGGAUUGGGUUGUCAAUAUCGCGAACCAUUUCUGUCCGUCGGACAAAUAACUCAAAAAAAAAAACGGCGAAAAUAGUAAACGAGUUUCUUACAAAAUUAAAAAAAAAUAAAGUUUAGUU